ACGCGACGACCGCGACGGUGCAUCGGUGCACCGGGUCUAAUCGCCGAUCGCUGAUCGCAAAUCGCUAAUCGCAAAUCGCCGAACGCCGAACGCCGAACCAAGUGCUCUCUCCGCUCCACGUCUCCGCUCCCGACCCUCCGACGCCGCCAGUGCCCCAUGUGACAGUGUACCAGUGUGCUCCGCAGUGACUCUCGAGUGCUCCAUGCCCAGCCGAAGAGAUGGCCAUCAAUUUUUCGGCGUCCUUCGCCGCCUGUCUGGCCGCCGGACUCAAAGUACCGCGACAGAUCAUGUACUGCAUCUCCCAAGACACAGCCGCCCCGUACGUCCUAUACAAAGACGGCAUGGACCGGGCCCAGGGCCAGUGGGGCCCGCAGGACGCGUACCCGCCGCCACAGCAGCAGACGUCCGUGGGCGCCGGCAGCCCGCAACAGGCGCUGGGCCCCACGGUGCCGCUGGGCGUAGAGGCGGACACGGUGCCGCCGCGCGACCAGAGCCUACCCUCGCCGGCCCCCUCCCCCUAUCCGGCCACGCAGGCUGAGCCACGCGACGACGACAUCCAGCCGGAACAGCCGACGAUGGACCUGGAGCCGAGGCCGGCGUCGCAGUGCUUCCCGACCGACCUCCAGCAGCAGCAGCAACAGCAGCAGCAGGCGUACCAGCAGUACGCGCGGGCCCCGCCGCCGGCCGCGCCCCCUCCCGUGCCGCCCCACAUGCUGGGCACGGGCAGCUUCUCCGCCCUGCAGUACUUGAAGCAGCCGGGCGUGAUGCUGACCAGCCUGGGCCCGGACGGCAACGGGCAACUGGACCAGUACGCCAACCAGAUGCAGGACCUGCGCGCCGCCUCGCUGCCGGACGUGAUCCAAAACCAGCACGGGGUCGGCAUGAAAAAGAACCCGAACGGGCUGAGCGGCGAGCUGCGCCUGUUCAAGUGCCUGACCUGCGGCAAAGACUUCAAGCAGAAGUCCACGUUGCUGCAGCACGAGCGCAUCCACACCGACAGCCGGCCGUACGGCUGCCCGGAGUGCGGCAAGCGGUUCCGGCAGCAGUCGCACCUCACCCAGCACCUCCGCAUCCACGCCAACGAGAAGCCGUACGCGUGCGUGUACUGCGAGCGGACCUUCCGCCAGAGGGCCAUCCUGAACCAGCACCUUCGAAUCCAUUCCGGUGAGAAGCCCUAUGAGUGCCCGGAGUGCGGCAAACACUUCCGGCAGAAGGCCAUCCUCAACCAGCACGUCCGCACACACCAAGACGUGAGCCCGCACUUGGUGUUCAAGAACGGCAUAAACCCGACGCUGUGGCCGCAGGACGUGCCCUUCCCGCCGGACGAGGGCAAGGAGGAGGUGGCGUCCACGUACGGCGACGGCGACGGCCAAAACGACCGGGGUUGCUUCUCGCCGAACGGCGUCACCAACCUACAGUACCCGGCCUACUUCAAGGACACCAAGGGCAUGAACCACUCGGUGUUCGGUUCCGGAGCCAACUUCGGGGCGCUGCAGUAUCUGAACAAGGGCCAGGGAGGCAAGGGACUGCCGGACGUGAUCCAGCACGGUAGGUCGGCGGGCAUGCCGCUCUACGUCCGGUGCCCCAUCUGCCAGAAGGAGUUCAAGCAGAAGUCGACGCUGCUGCAGCACGGAUGCAUACAUAUCGAGUCGAGGCCGUAUCCGUGUCCGGAGUGCGGCAAGCGGUUCAGGCAGCAGUCGCAUCUCACGCAGCAUCUGCGGAUACACACCAACGAGAAGCCGUACGGGUGCGUGUACUGCGGCCGCAACUUCCGCCAGCGCACCAUCCUCAACCAGCACCUGCGGAUACACACGGGCGAGAAGCCGUACAAGUGCACGCAGUGCGGCAAGGACUUCCGCCAGAAGGCGAUCCUGGACCAGCACACCAGGACCCACCAGGGCGACCGGCCGUUCUGCUGCCCGAUGCCGAACUGCCGACGGCGCUUCGCCACCGAGCCCGAGGUCAAGAAGCACAUAGACAACCACAUGAACCCGCACGCGGCCAAGACGCGCCGCGACUCCACGGGCUCGGUGGACUCGAAGCUGGCGAACGGGAUGCUGUCCAGAGGUCUGACGCCCACGACGGUCGUCAAGCCGGAACUGUACUUCCCGCAGUGCUACGCGCCCACCUUCAAUCCGGCGGGCAGCGUGGCCCAGUUCCAGACGGCCAACCCGGAGUUCAAGCCGCCGAACGGGCUGCCGGCCCAGUGACUAACGGCCAGCUGGCAACUCGGUCCGUGCAUUGGGUGACCGUUUGCCGGCGUCUAAGGCCCCUAGACACCUAGACACCCAGACACCUGGACACCGUUCCAUCUGCGUUCAUACGUGCUCUACGUUUUCGUUCACUCGACGGUGAUGGUUCGGAGAUUCGAAUCAGGGCGCUCGUUUCAACCCGAAUCCCCUUUGCGGGGGCGGAACGUUAACGUUGACACUGAAGGUGGAAUAACCGAGUUCAUCGGUCGAUGUCAAUCACAACACGAUUGUGAUGAGCCUUUUUUUGUAUUUGGAACAGGAACACAUCCUCACUUUUCGUCUGAUACCCCAAAAUAAUUUCAAAAAUAAUGUUAAACUGAAAAGUACUCUAUUCUGUCGUCGCAUUUGAAUAAUUAAUUUCAAUCAUCUAUUCGUGUAUCCAAUGCACCAGUUGACAUCGACCCAUGAAUUAAUUAUCACACGCCUUUAUACAUAUUUAAGUCAAGUAAAAACUCACCGUUCUUCAAAAAUGAUUAAGUAACGCACCCUCACGACAAUGAACGAGCUUCCGAGGGAUGAAACGAGUGAAACGUCUCUUUGAGUGAUUUCCAAAUGGUGCUGUAAGAACCACAACAAUAGAAAACAAACUGGUCGCUUGUAACAUAAGGAAGGUAGCACAUAAUUGCGAUGAGUAUACAUACUAUAAAUAUAUAUGUAAAAUGUAAAAGUAUUUUAAAUUUUAUUCAUAUUGUGUCCAAUUCACUUAGUGGCAAUACUUUUAAGCAAGAAGUACUUUAAUAAGUAUAAUAUAUUAUUGUUGUAGUUAGAUAUUACUAUUAUGUGAUCUCUUUAAAGCGAAUCUGCAAGAGAGAAUGACAGAACUGUUUGACGGGUUCUAACUGCAUCCAGGUCCCGGACGUCGGGACACCACAAUAUUUUUACAAUAACCCAACAACUAAACUACGGCCAUCGCGAAUAUGUCAGCACUUUUACGUUAAAGGCGCCCUCGAAGGUCCCACCGACAGAUCGACGGCUUUUCGUUAACACACCAAAAAUUGAUCUAGUCAAAAGAAAGAGGUAAAAGAAAAAAGAGUAUUGAAGAAGAUUUGUUAUCGUUUCGGUUAUUAGUUAGAAGUAGAAGUUAUUUAUCCGUUUAUCGACGUUCGCGGGACCUUCGGCGGUCUUCAUUCAUCAAUACAAUGUAACACGUGUAAUAUACAAAUGAUAUUUUUAUACUCAGCUGUAACAAAGAUAUUUUUUUAUUUGAAUACCAUAGCAAUAUUAACAAUAUAUGGUAACAUGUUGGGAUAUUUCCGGUGGUUGUGUGCUUCAAUACAAUAGAACUAUUUUUCGUAAGUUACAUACACAACAAUAUUAUUUAAUUCUACAGUGUCUUUUAAAAUAGUGAAAUGCAAUUUAUACAUAUACGUAAAAAGAUAUAUGGUGAUGGAUUGAACCCACUCUUUAUAUGAUCUACCGUUUUUAUAAAUAUAUAUUCUAUAUAUACAAUAUAAUUAGAAUUUAACUUUUUUAUACAGGGACAACACACACACAACUUAGAUAUUUUAAUACUGAACAAUCUGAGACAGACCAUGCCCAACUUACUUACUUACUUACUUACUUGCAAACAAGCAACUCCAUAAUAAUAAUAAUAAUAAUAAUAAUAUGUAAUAGUAAUGAUAGUGAUACAAUUUAUCGUUUCAGUUUAACAAGACGAGUUUAGCGACCAUUUUAUCAUCUUGGCAAGAUUAAAUACGGAGUGCACUCGGCUGCAUUCUGUUUUUUCAGUUUUCGACAAAACUACACAUUUUUAAAUCGACUUAUUUUCGUUGGUUCUUUCGUUUCUCUACAAUGUGAUGUUUAAUAUGCCAAUAAAUAGUUUGUAAUGAACAAAUAUAGUUGUUUAUCGUAUAAUAUAAAAUAGCCAGGUUGUUUCUACAAUAAUAAGUGUAUUUUUUUACAGUUACACGUUGAUUUGACGCAAAGUAACAUUAGUGCCAAUAUGUAAGAUAUGCGUGUGAAAAUGUUACUCUCAAAAUUGUUUGUCAUUUUUAAAUAUACCACUAUAGUACAAUUGAAAUGAAUCAAAAUAGUAUAAAUACAAUACAACAAGAAUACGGAUAGUGUCGUCGGUCGUCGGUCGUCGGUCGUGGGUCGUUGGUUGGACAAUCACAGACAACACACAACACUUGCAAAUUAGUUGUAGAUGAUGAUAUAAUUUACAGAUGACUGUGCAGAUAUAGUACUUGCCUUGCCAAAGUUCCUAAACAUAGUUACAGGGGACAGCAGUUCAUGAAUUUAUUUACAGAUAAGAACGGUUUUCAACGAAAAUGGUUCCGAUAUUUAUAUACACAUGCCAGCAUUGUCUGUCUCAGAUGAAUUGGUGUUGGCUCACUUUACCAUGUAUACAACAGCAUAAACUACAAACAAAUAUAAUGUAUAAGGUUUUAUGUUUCAGUACAGUACAAUUAUUAGUUUGUUCAAGGCGAAUUUAUGGAAAUUUCUAUGUGGAAAAUCUCGAGCAGAAUCUUUUCUCGUUGUUAAUAAUACUAAUAAUAAUAAUAAUAAUAAAUAGUACGUGUAAAAUUGUGUAAAUAUUUUCGUUCCAUUUUAGGUCCCGUCAAAACUAUAAAUAUUGUACUAAAGACCAAAUCUUUUUGUAAAUGUAUUUGUUUAUAUUAGAUUGUUUGUAUACGAUUACUUUAGUAAAGAGAAAGUAUAUUAUUAAUAAAUUGGUUAAGGUCUAAAUGUAGAGAACCGAUGAUUCGUCGGAACCACAACUCUUUCUGGUUUCGUUGCUCCGCUGAUCCGUUGCUCCGUUGCUCCUCCGUUCUUUUCAGACAGACGCAUUUCGCGAUUUAGAAAACUCAACCCAACGCCAAGGAACAGUUGUGGUUCGGCUAGUGGAAAGAAAUGUGGCUGCAGCAGCCGAUAUUUUAUUGAGCUACAAGACUUAUAUAAAACGUGAUAGCAUUUAAUUAGUUAUAAGACAAUUUUAUGUAUAUAUAAUUACAUUUUUAAAUCGUUUUUACUGAAAAUAUGUUACACAUAGUGUAUAAUAUGGAAGAUGUGGAAAACGUGAAUGUGUGAUAUCCCAGUUGGGCCAUUUUUUUACAUGCAACACAUAUAUUGUUUUAUCGACCGAAAACGUUCUUCAACACGAUCGAUCACUACUGUUAAUGUUAACGUAAUUAACGAUUGAUUCAAAAUUGUGUGGCAGUUAAGACUGAUUUGCAUGCGUUUCUCAAAUUCAUUCCAAAUUUAGUGCCGCAUUCCAGGAUGGUUGAGUUGGCUUUGGUGUUCAAGAAUGUUGUUGGUCAUCGGUGUUUUUAAUUGUUAAUUUUUAUACGUUUGUUUUCUUGGCGUCGCAGUGGUGGCGUCGGUUCGUCAAAAAGCUUUAAUCACUUUAUAAAAGUAUUUAUUAUUAUUAUUAUUAUUAUUAUUAUUUGUUUAGGUUGUUAAAUUUGUUUGGGGCCCCACCGCUGCGAGCAAUUUAAUAGUAAAACUAUUUAAAAAAUACUCAAACUAGUUGUAAGUAAUAUUGUACUAAGUGCAGCUAAAAUCAAUAUAUUUUACAAGAAAUUCUUAGCCAAAUCUGCAACCACUUUCAAUUAGUAUAUUUUUUUGAAAAUUCAAGCAAGAUCUCUUAUGCAGAGUACGGUAUAGACAUAUUUAAAAUAUAAUUAUACAUAUAAGUGCCAUAGUCUAAUAAAUAAUAUAAGAGUUUUGUUUUUUAAUAAUAUAUUUUUACAGUUUCAUUCUGCAUUUCUACAUAUACAUAUAUUGAUCGUAUUUUCAUGUUAAAAUUAAUGUCAAUCUUGUUCCCACAACCAGAUCAUUGUCGACUAGUAGAUAAUCCAAUUCAACUUGUUAGUGAGCCUAACUAACGUUCAGAGUGUGCGUUCGAUUGAAGUGAAACUGCGAUCAAUGCAACAGAACAAUAGAAAACAAAGUAGGUGUUAGGAAUUUUUUCAAUAAAUACUAUAUAUGUCUAAGACCUUCUUGGUGGUAUAAAAAUUACACACGACAAAUUCACAGACAGAACAACCACUAAAGACUGGGAUAUUAUCGAACAGGGUUAAAUAUAAACAAGAGAAAAAUGUAAUAAUGUAAAUGUUUUCGUUUUUAACCGGUGUGAUCGGAUUUCGUGCGUUUUCAGUGUGUUCAGAAAUAAAAUGCUAAAAAAAAAAAAAUAUGUAAUAAAAACGCCCAAAUUUCUGUUUGUGAGACAAUCUCUAAAUCAAUUAAAAUAACUCAACGGUAUAUGUGUUUUAAAAAAUCGAAAAUAUUUUGCGUCCAGCAACUUUUCAAAUAAGAGAAUCAUUUCAGUUUGUUUUUGCAACGGCCAUUGUUUGUUCGAUCAUUGUUUUAUUAUUUUUCGUGAAGAAGAUAACAGAUACGACACACACAGUAACCUCAAUAAUGCCAUUACAUGUUACAGUUACUAAAUGCUCAACCAAUGUACAAUAGUUUUAUUUUUCUUACACACAUGCAAUACAUGUAUUUGCUCAAAAGUACAAAUACUGUAAAUAAUAGAUACCGGAAUUGUUUUUAUAUUAUAAAUAUAUUCUAAUGAUAUGAAUUGAUUCUCUUUGUAUUGCAUUGAAUAAAUAUGAAUGUAUUUGUUAAACCCUA